GUGCGCGCGCAGUACUACCAACUGAUUGUACAAAUAUCUCUACGUCACUUUGACAACUGCUGUGUAUUUUUUCUACAACUACUGCCGUGAAGGUGCUUUUAUACGUGGCCCCUCUAAUUUGAUUGUGGCAAUUUGAGAUUUAUACCAUAACAAAACGAUUAUGAAUAUCAAAUUGUUCGGCACAUUAUGUGCGCUAGUGCUGCUGCAAUUGCUGCGUGCCAGCGAAGCGUUCAUCGUCACUGUUGACGCACACAAUGAAGAAUGUUUCUUUGAGAAGGUGGAAGGCGGCACUAAAUUCGGCGUCACAUUCGAGGUGAUCGAAGGCGGUUUUCUCGAUAUCGAUAUCAAAAUAACCGGCCCAGAUAAUAAUAUCAUACACGAGAGUGAAAAGGAAUCAUCUGGCAAAUAUACCUUUGCCACCGUCUCAACGGGUAUCUAUCGCGUUUGCUUCAAUAAUGAGCGCAGCAGCAUGACACCCAAGGUGGUGAUGUUCUCCAUUGAGGUGAGCGACACGCCGCAUCGUGCAGCGGGUGCGCCUAGCGAGGAAGAGGUUGGUCAUACCAAGUUGGAAGACAUGAUUCAGCAAUUGUCAGGCACACUGACGGGUGUCAAACAUGAACAGGAAUACAUGCAUGUGCGUGACAAAAUCCAUCGUUCCAUCAACGAGAGCACCAACUCACGCGUUGUGUUGUGGUCUACUUUCGAAGCGCUGGUGCUGGUACUGAUGACCAUCGGUCAAGUUUACUACCUGAAACGCUUCUUCGAAGUGAAACGUGUUGUAUAAAUGCAUGCAAAGAGUGAGUGUGGCGUUAACGAUGCGCGCAGUUUGUGGACACUUUACCUCCAGUUACAAACAUUUUAGUUUGCCAUUUUGUUGUAAUAAAACGUCUAUUUCUGCAUCGGUGCGCUUAUCGCAGCCAAUUCAUAAUUCAUGCAAUACGAGCUCCAGCAUAUAAGUUAAGAUUUUAUGACAUCCAUCCUAUCCACUCAUCCUGUGCAUUUUUAUGUAAAUGACAGAAAAAAAGUUAAAUUGGCUCGCAUUCUUAUUUGAUUCAAACAUGUAAUAUCAGAAUAUUUUUUAGAGCAAAUAAAUUUAAGACUUAUAA